AUGCGAAUGUUCCAUCCAUCCCGGCUCCGAGUCCGUGAAGCUCCACAGGAAUUGUCGCACUCCAAAUUCCUGGCCUCCGUCCAGGAAUCCCUCCAGGAUACCGCUUUUGAGCUCUUGGAUAAUGAGGCCUUUACCCACGUGAAGGCAGCUGGUGAUGUCGAUGGUAUGACGCAUUCUCUUAUCUACCGCGCGUUGGAGCGCAAUACUGGAACCGUUGGGUUGGCCAGUGCGCUCUGCGAAAGCAUGGAAGCCGUAAACCCUGAAGUUGCUGCGAUUACCCAGCACCAAGACCCAGCUUCCGCUGGCGCAGCUGAAAUUAACAAGCAAAUCGCUUUGGACCUUACCGUCCAGAUCGCCUCGAUCGGCGGAGAUCUACUCUUGGCUAUCGAGAGCAGCACAUUCGCCCCGGGCAACACCGAGGGAGACGAGGAGGGCUGCAUCUUCACCGAGAAUCUGCUUGUCCCGGACGUUACUGAAGAAGAGAUCAUCUCGAGCAAGCUGGUAUCAAUGCUGAGAAUGUUACGGUGGCUGAUGCGGUUGGUGCCAAUGAUGUCCCGGAUCAAGCCACUGCCUCAACCGCGGCCACCGUGGUUGAGACCGAAACGGCAGCUACUGCAAGCACGGCUGAAACAGCUCCUGCGGCCGCGACGUCGGAAGCCGUCGCCGCAGCUUCCGGCGGCGUUGAUUAAGUUGAAAAUACCCAAACUCUAG